AUGCCCCUCAUACCUGUUCACGUACCCCCUCUCCAGCUGCUCGACGAAGCGCACCAGGCUCUUGGGGAAAGCGUCGAGCACGGGGUACGCGGGGUUGGCGAAGUUUGUGGUGUGGAGCGCUUGGACGGACGUCUUGAGUUCCGCGAGCAUUCCGGGUACCUUGUGGUCGAAGUGUUUUUUGGCGGACAGGUGGGAGAGGAGGGUGGUCAGAGCGGAGUGGAUGGUGGAGAGUUGGGAGGGUAUUGGGAGUUGGGGAGGUGUUUGGGGAGGUCGGCGGAGACGUAA